CAUCAGCCUCCUCCGCCCAGGCCACAUGGCGGAGAGAGAGAGUGACCGAUAGGGAGCCUCUUCGUCGUCGGCGCAGAAGACUCGAAGGAAUCUUUCGCGAUCUCGUCGGCGAUCGCAUGGCCGCCGGGGAAGAGGCUUUCGAUCUCGAGGCCAAGCGCUGGGCCGACGGGUCUUGGCAUCCUUGCCGCGUCUCUCCGAGUUCAUACAAUGGUAAUUUUGAUAUUCGUCUCAACAUGGAAAGUUGUGGUAUGGAAGAUAUCGUCUUGACUAGGGAAGACGUGAUUGAGCAUCUACGAUUUCGUUCAAAGCCUCUGCAGGACGGAGACUGCUCUCAUCUCAAACAAGGAGAAAAAGUUCUUGCCAUGAACAAUGAGCAUUCUGAGAGCUUGUACUUUGAUGCCGUUAUAGAACAGGUACACAAGGUGAGACACUCAGGCAGGCUGCCAUGCAGAUGCACUUUUCUGGUCAAAUGGCUUUCGCCUAUGCUGAAUAGGAUAACUACGGUUCCAUUUAAGUCAAUUAUGAAGCUUUCUGAUGAAAACAUCAAUAGCCACCCAGUUAUAUCUACAUUCUUGGCUGCCAUGCAACCUCCUCCCCUUGGUUCAUUAGAAAAUAAUACUGGUGAGGCUAAACUCUAUCACAUACUGGAAAAGCAAGUGGAGGAGAUAAGCAAGCUGGCAGAUGGAUCUGUAUUGUCAAACAAUGUCUUUUUAGCUAACUCGAUUGAACAAAAUGAAGUUGAGUCUAAAGAUAUCACCAGGAAGCAGAACAAAGGACGGAAUGAUGUAGUCCUUGUGAAUCAUUUUGAUAAUACUUCUUUACUCAGUCCUCUCGCAGCCCGUGCAGCUCUUGCUUCCUUGGUGCAUGAAAAACUUUCAGAUAACAUUUGCUUACAAGAAACUGUAUUGGGCCUCCUUCCGAAAAAUGAAAAGCGCAACUCAGAUCAAUAUACAUUAGUAGAAGCCAGAGUGAUCCAAGUUGAUGCCAUUGCCAUGGAUGACAACACUGAACUUCCACAUCUUGUCCGACAAUCAGCUAAUGCCAGAUUUACUUGUGAAGGACACAGUUCGGUCACUACUAGUAAAAGGAAAGUUAGUAAGUCUCUUUCUGAUGAUUCCCCAUAUUCAGCUACUUCCCUCAAGAAAUCAGCCAGAGCAUCUAAAGUACCAAGAAACAGGAACCUGGUCUCCUCUGCAACUGCAAGUCAUUCAGAAAUAUCAGCAACCAUUGCAAACAUAAAUUAUGGAGUCACAGCUCGGUUAACCCGUUCGGCAGCAAGAAAGAAAAUGUCCGAAUUAGCUGAUAAAGGGCCUGUAGCAGAGCUCUCCAGCUCAGUAAACGCAAGGCUAAUAGUUUCUGGACAACAAGUAGCAAGGAAACUUGUGUACAAUGGUCCAGCAUUUGUAGAAAGAAAUUAUGAAAAUCUUACUCCAGCUCAGAAGAUUGAAAGCGAGAGUUGUGCAGUGGUCUCAACAUAUAAAGAAAUCAGUAGUGAUAGCAAACCCAAAAAGAAGAAAAGGACCGAGGAGUCCAUUUUUGGCAUUGUUGAAGAUCAAGGUGUGAUCUCAAAAGAUGGAGAGACCUCAAAAGCUAAGAAAAAGAAGAUACCUUCAGAGAAACCUGUAUUAAGGUUUUCACCACGGCUUAGAACUCUUUCAUCAGCCCACGCAAGCUGAACAAUCCUUACUGGCUUUGAACAAGUCACUUUUGAAGGAUUAUAAAUCAGGGUUUAAUGCUGCAGUUUGGAACACACCCUUUGCAGGCGAGAGAAGGGGAAUCAGAAAUAGCAAGGUAGCCUCUAUUUUCUCAGUGCAUGCCUAUAUUUGCAUUUUUGUGAUAUAAACCUUGCAAAAGUAUGCAUGUUGAUACUAGUUUAGUUAAUAUUUAUCUAUUUUAAGCUGGACUGCUUUAUUGUUAAUAUGAGUGAAUCCUCUUUAAGUCCUUCAGUAUAAAUAUUUUGAAGCUUGGGUAGGAUAAA